GGCGCGCCCUUUGGAAGUUACACGCUGCGCGCGCCGCACACAAAAUGGACCACACUUGAGCAGACACGCCCCCUAGGUCCUGCCAUCUCAAUGCCAUCCCUGCUCUCUCCAAUGCUCCCGUCAAAUUCUAGAACCCCGGUUUAUUUUCUUGGACGGCAUACAUGGAUGGGGUUUCCCGCGGCCAGCUCGGUCAUGGGAGAAGGUGGGAAUCCCCUUAGGUAAUUAUACGCAUCACCGGACCCGGUUUGUUUCUUUUAUGAAAUGAGAAUGCCUUUUUGCGUCCGACGGGCUCGGAAGAAAAAAAAGUAUCAUCUCGUCUACGUGCGGUGUGCUCUCAAGUGAGCCGGCCAAGAAAAGGAGGCGGCCCAACCUGGAGCCGUCCAAGUGGGCUUGCGGAAAGGUUGCCCAGGUGGUCGGUCAGUUGGCCGGCGAGAUAUCUCCAUCCGUGGCGGCAUGUUACGGAUAUCUUGGCUGGUCGGCGGGUACGUACCUGACGGACGGGUCGCUAUCUCACCCGCCACUUUCUUGCUUUCUUAUUUUUUAUUAUCUCUUGACCGCUCGCUGCCCUGGCACAAGGUUCCAGAUAGGAUAAUUGGGAAUCCCCUGUCAAAGAUUGUCCAAGAUAUAAAACCCGGUUGGCCCGACCGCCAGUCAUCAACUCUUUACGCCGCUUAUCGGUCCCUUCUUUUCAACACACCAACCUACUCCCCUUGACUGGCUCUUGUUAUCUAUCCCUCGCCUUCACGCACUCGGUCACGCCCUGGCUCACAGAGAAACGGCACUUGCACUCCAGCUAUUGAGCCCUGUUUCGGUUCUCGCCGUCAUCAUCCUAGUAUAGCAAUGGGUUCCUACUCAGUUGAAACCCCGAAGCCCUGGAUCGAGACCCCGUGUCUCUAUUCAGGGCCGCUAUCUCGCGCGGCUGGAUGCAACAUCUAUCUCAAGCUAGACAACCUUCAGCCGUCAGGCUCGUUCAAGUCCAGGGGCAUCGGCUACAUGAUGCAGCGGGCGGCCGAGGCUUCCCCCACAGGCAACAUCCACUUCUACUGCUCGUCGGGCGGCAACGCCGGGCUCGCCUGUGCCACCUCGGCCGCCACGAUGGGGUGCCGGGCCACCAUCGUAGUACCCACGCUGGCGCCGGCGCACAUGGCGGAGAAGCUGCGGGGGCUGGGGGCGACGGUGGUACAGACGGGCAGCAACUUCGCCGAGGCGGACGCGUUCCUCAAGCGGGAGCUGCUGGCGCACGACCCGCUCGGCGUCUACGUGUCGCCCUUUGACCACCCGGACAUCUGGGCCGGGGCCGAGACGCUCGCCGACGAGAUCUCGGCGCAGAUGAGGCGGGCGGGGCCGGACGGCGGGCCCGUCGACGUGGACGCCAUCGUGUGCAACGUCGGCGGCGGCGGCAUGCUCGUCGGCAUCCUCGACGGCAUCGAGCGCGUCUGGCCCCAGGCCCCCGCGCCCCGCCCGCGCGUGCUGGCCGUCGAGACGCGCGGUGCCCACUCCCUCAACGCCAGCGUCGUCGCCGGCGAGCUCACCACCCUGCCCGCCGUGACGUCCAUCGCCGUGUCGCUGGGCGCGCCCCGCGUCGCCGCCCGCGCCUACCAGCUCGUGCGGCAGCGGCAGGACGCGGACGCGGCCGCGGGGGCCCCGCCCCAGGUGGUGUCGGCCGUGGUGAGCGACGCCGAGGCCGUCAUGGGGUCGGCGCGCUUCCUCGACGACGCCCGCCUGCUCGUCGAGGUGUCGUGCGGCGCCACCGUCUCGGUCGCGUACAACGGCGACCUGCGCAGGCACCUCGGCAAGGGGCUCGGCGACGCCGAGUGGGCCGCCCGCAACGUCGUGCUCAUCGUCUGCGGCGGAUCGCACACGACGCUUGACAUGCUGCUCAAGUACAAGGCCCAGUUUGGUGUCUAAGUGGCACUCUUUUUUUCGUCUCGUCUUUCCUUUUUUUUUUUAACCCGACACUAGCGAUAGAACUUUGGCAGACUGAGCAGUUGUUUUUGUUUUGGACCUUUUUUCCCACUUUAUUUGUCCUUGGGUUUUGAGCAGAGCUUUUGGCGUUGGGGCGAAUUCGCAAGGGGGUCUUGCAGAGAGCAUGAUUGGUAUUCUAGUUUAGACAUUAGAUUCAAAAUGACAUGGACCAGAUGUACUUGGCCUCAUCCAUCAUGCA